AACCGGUAAGCUUCGCGCCAUACUACCAAAAAGCUGACACUGUUUCUUUAGCUGGCAGUUAUCCGAACAACGACCACCUCAGUCUCUAGAGACCGGCCAAUUAACUUACCAGCAAGUAUUGAACAGAAAUACUAGGACAGUAUGAGCAAUCUCUCCCUCCGUCUUCCUGGCCUCGCCACCAUUGUUACUCUAACCCUCGUGUCCAUGUGCACACACGUCCUCUUCUACAAGUGUAAGAGCGACACUGCGGAGCAUUUCAUCGCCGUUCUCAAGGACCGCCACGCUGACAAGAACGGUCGCCUCCUGAAGGAGAAGCAUCUCGUCGAGCGCCGGGCCAUCGAGCUAGGAAGCGACCUCAACAUGACUGAAUCUACCCUCAGGAUACUAUGCGUCUUCCCCUCAUUUCAGAAAGGAACACGCGGGUGGAUGUCGAUUGCAGCAGCACGAUCUUCAGCGUAG